GGCUUUCCUCUCAGCUACAGUAAACACCAACUCACCACUCUCUCUGUCUCUCUCUCUCUUUUAUCUCUCUUCUCUCUACAAAGUACAUCUCACCAGGAAUCAAUAAUGCCAAAAAAUCACUUCAGAAUUCAGGCCCCAACCGACCCCCUGUCAAGCCAUCAACUGCGGCUGGACGCAGUGCGACGCUGCAGCCGAGCCACGCCCCUCUCUCUUCCUCUCUCUCUCCCUUACAUACCGCUAAAGCACUCUGGUAGGAAUAGUAUCAUGUGUACUAACAUGGCCGGAGAAAAAAAGAAGAGAGAGAGACAACAAGGUGCAGCAGGAUGGAUGCUGCUUUUUUUAGCCGCAGCACAGCACAGCACAGCAAGCAGGGCACAUUUCAAUCUCAGCCCGUGCGUGUGCGAAUGUGAAUGUGACUGCGUACGAGUAUAUGCGUAUUAGUCCUGUGCUCUCUCACUUAUUUACAACCCUUGACCAGAAGCGCCCACCGAUUUGUGCGCCUCUUGUACGACUCUGUGUUCCUCCAAGGCAACUCAACAGUGAUAA